UUCUUUCCCAGGAUAACAGCAGAGAAAUUUUCCAGACACACUAUAAAAACUCGACUCUCUGCGGUAUAUCGCUGAGUAGUUCUCUAGGACCAGAGAAGUAUUUUUUUUAGUCACUUGAGAUGGAUAUUCGAUGCCCAUGAUCGUGUGAUCUUGCCGCCUCGAAAUGGCCUGGGAAAGAAAUUAGGAACACAUUGCCGGAUUCCUUUUCAAGAUUCUACUGUUCUAAAAGAAUCAAAUAACAAAGAAAUGAAGAUUACAAAUUCUGUGAAAAUUUAAUUUGAAAUUAUACUAUCAUUUCCUUGAUACAUAAAACGCGUUUCGAGGCUACGAUUUACAUAAUAUUUAUGUUUAAUAACUGCACUUUAGACUUUCUUGUUAUUGUCAAGGCAUGCAAUUGGUUUUUUUUUUAUUUUUAUUUUAUUUUUUUUUAAAUAUAAAGCGAGCUAAUUCUCGAGCAAUCGUAGCUCAAUUUCAACGAUUACCAUGUACUCUGAUUUCCAGAUUUGCAAUUAAGGAAUCCACGAUGCUCGCGUAACAGUUCCUAUAACGUUUCACGAGACAUUAAAGCGUUAAAUACUGCGCUUAGUUUUAACGGAACGUUGAGUUUUUACAUCACCGCUGGAAAAUUCACUUUCCUUCGAUCCACCUCGAAUCGUAUGCAUAAUCAGAUGCCUUUUCAAUGGAACGAUGCAUGUUUUACAAAGGGUUACCUGAAAUUCGAACACCUCGUGUUGCAUUCUACUUUCGUCUUCUACCGAAAGCUUUUUUUCCAACGUAAUUUUAUUCCUUCCGAUUCAUUAUUAUUUAAUUAUCGAUAAUUAAGUGGAAUUCCAAUUCCUGAUAAUCGGUUGUCUCACAAUCCAAUUGCUCGGGUACUUAUUACCCGAUAAUUACCGUUUAGUAAUAUUGAAUUACAAAUGAGUAAUUGGUAUUAAUUUUCAGGACGAAGGACUUCUCAAUUUUUUAUUUUUAUUUUCAAAACCGAACGUCAUACGAAUGAACUGUAAAUAUAAAACAGUUUUCUUUUUAAAUUCGACUGUUUUGGCGACGCGCUCGUAAUUCAUUUUAACGAAACGCGGCGUCCUGUUUGGGCAACAAUGAAUCACCGCGUUAAGUAAAUCGUAUAUUUUAUGUAAAGCGUUUAUUGUUGCGAGUGUUUAGCAUGUGUAACCUAAUCGUUGAAUCUUUUGUUGCGUUGCGGAUUUCAGUGAAACCCCGGAAGCCACGGCUGGAGUACGGGGGAACGAUUUUAACCACUGCCCUAACUUUAAGGGAGGGUCAGGAAGUUACCAUUUCCUGCGUAUCAAGAUAUGGAAAUCCACCGGCGCUCAUAAAGUGGUACAUAGGAGGAGACGAGGUGGAGGCUCUGAGGGAGCAGACGAACACGACAGAAGUGGACAGCCCUAAAACAUGGGCGGCCCACAGUCUUCUGCGAGUCCGUGGACAAAGAGAAGCCCAUGGUCUGCCGAUUCGGUGUAUCACGAUGCAUCCAUCCAGCCUCGUUCCGACUUCUGCGGAAACACGACUGGAUGUGCAUUAUUCUCCCGAGGUGCGGCUGGAGACGAAACCGCGGCUGCUGGUGGCGGCCCUCGAGGAUUCGGCGAGCUUUAUGAGCCUGAAAUGCUUCGCGGAUGCCAAUCCCAGCGGAACGAUCAAGUGGUUCAAGGAUUCAGCUCCCGUCACUGUGACGAGCAACGUCGUUUCGUUGAUGCUAAACAGAACGCAUCAGAACAGCACGCAGACGGGCUCCGAGCUGAGAUUCGAGCCGGUGAAGAGAAACGACGCCGGUCUCUACUCUUGCAAGGCGGUCAACGUUAUCGGUGAAAGCGCCCCGGCUAACUACAGGCUGGACGUACAAUACGGUCCCAGGCUGAAGGAAGAGGAGUCCAGCAACGACACAGCGCUGAAGUUCGAGGAAACGACUCUGCUAAGCACGAGCUUGGAUCCCUUCGAGUGCGUCGACUUCGAGGCGAACCCACCGGCUCAGUACAGAUGGAUGCAUCUUCGCGGGGGCGUGACGGAGGCCAUCGAGAAUCCCCUUCAGAACAAGGACGGUGGUAAACGCCUGCGUUUGGAGAACGUUAUGUGGUCCGACGAAGGGGAAUAUCGAUGCGUGGCGUUCAACGUGAUCAACGGGGUGAGGAGAGAAAUGCCCAGCGAGGCUCGUUACAUGCUUCACGUAACAGGACCGCCAGAGAUACAAGCUAGACCAUCCACUGGUGGAAAAGGGUUCUACGAGUCGCUGGGGUGGGCUGGGGAAUCCGAACACGUCCUCAAGUCACGGUUCUGUUCCAGACCACCGCCUAAACUUGUUGCUUGGCAGUGGGGGAGCUCCCAUAUCAGAGCUGGUGAGAGCAUUCAUCCAAAGUACGAGGCAGUGCCAUUGGAGCACAUCAAGGAAAACGAGAUGAUAACAAAUUGCUACUGGGCGAAGCUGGUAAUAAAGGAUCUGCAGAAGGAAGACGCUCGAGUGUACACUCUGUUGGUGGAGAGCGAAAAGGGAAGGGAUUCGACGAACGUUAAACUGCUCAUCCGUGACCCAACGGAAAUGAGAGUAAUAGCAGCCGCUGCUGCCGUGGGUCUGCUGUUCCUCUUGCUUCUGAUAUCCCUCGCUGUGUAUUCCAUACUGAGGUUCAAGAGUCGACGUUAUCGGAAAGAAGAGGAGGAGGGCAGCAUCGCAGCGGACGCCUUUUACAGUAAUACAGCGACGAACGAUAGACAGAAGACGGUGAACUCUUCGCAAGGCAAAGGUUACAGUACCAGGAAGCCAAACUCCGAGGGUGGGCUGGCCGUCACGUACGACUAUGACCAAAUCACCAAGCAGGUGCGCGCCAUGAGUCCAGAAGCUUUGAAAGUCAGGCGAGCGCCAGCUGUUCUUCAGCCACCAACGAUCGUGUGACUGUUAUCGUGUUCAGUGCCAUGACGGUCACUGCUGACUGAUACUGAGCUGUCCAUUCACGUGCGUGUCACUGACGCCACUGUUUAAAAUUGGAAGCUGCUGUAACGACGCUUCAUUGCUUGACGUUGAACCAAAGCGUAUUAGAAUGUUGGUAACGAGACACAAGUCUGCGGACGAUAAACUUUUCUUGACAAACUUAUAUGCCAGACCGCAAAAGACAAAGGUCUGAAACUGAAUAUUAGGUCAAAAAACGUGUCCCAUUAUUUGGUAUCAAACCAAAGUAUAGCAUGGGUAAUAUUCAAAGGAUUUUCUUUGGUACAGAUGUGAUAAUGUUAUGAGUACUAUCCAACCUAUAGUAGUUAGACAAUUGGUGUUUACAAAUUUUAAAAUAGAAGUUGAAUUAUUCGUUGUUGCUAUUAUUGUUGCAAUUGAGAUUCACUUUAAAGGUUAUUAUGGUAAGUGAAAUAAUCAGAGAUUUUAAUGGUUUUAAUAAUGCUUUUGAACAUAGACAUGGUUACGUUCUAUUAAGAUUAUUAUUGCAAAGAGUGGAAAAGUUUUAAUGGUUCGGGGAGUUUAAAAAAUUUCGAAAUAUUAGGCUUGUUGAUUUCGUUAUGAAAUAUGUUUGCAAUGAAUAUUUGUAUUGGAAUUUUUGUUCCAUGUAAAAUAUGAAUUUCCUCUAUCCCUCAAAGCCUCGUAGCAGCAAGUACUUUUAUAUCUAUUAGUAAUUUUAUUUAAUAAAACUUUUAUACUUAAUUGUAAUGCCAAA